UUACCAUUUCAUAGUGUUUUGGGGGGUUCAGGGAGUGAAUGUGAUCAGAGUGUACAGAAGAAGACAGCAAAGUGGAACGUAUGUCAGGCAGAGAUCUGCCUUUGGAUUGGUCAGUGUAGGAGGUUUGCUGUGAGGAAGGGUUGGUAGAUGAGUUUCUCUCCUAUCUGUGGUUAUCAUUCUGAUGAGUCUGCAGCUUCAGGACGUCCUGCUUUCAGCUCUGUGGGAUUGCGGCCUUAUUCAUACUGGAAACUCAUUUCUGUGGAUUGGCUCGACUUUUUCCAGCUUUCCACUGGAAAGUGACAUUCCCCUUUUUUCACCUUUCAAAGGAAAACUCCAGUAAAUGGGCUCACAGGGGCAACUUUUACCAACAAGAGUUGUGGGAAACUCUUCAGAGGUUAGGAGAGAAGCUGCUGUCCUGUUGUUUGACGUGAUGUUGUGUGCUUCCUUCUCAGGAUGAGCCAGUGAGCAGCCUGAUCUGAGCAGAAGUGGUUGUGUCGAACGGGUGCUGCGGAGGUCAAAGAGGAGGUGGAGCUGAAUGUCUGAGAAGGAUUCAUGGGCCUGAAGGACCAUCUGGAGGAUGGAACAGGCCACAUCCUCAACCUGGGACUGGAUCUGGACUAUCUCCAUGUGGAUGGUGCCGACAGGCAGGUUGGCUCAAACGUUUCAAAAGCUUCUAGGGUCUUGCAAGUCCACGGUGGUGCACAGAGCAGGAGCAGUUCUGGUACUGGUGUGAGUACUAUAAGUCUAAGUACAAAUUCAAGUUGCAGCUGCAGUAGUAGUUGCAGUACUUUUUCAGAAGAGAGCGCUAUUUCUGACAAUGAAGAUGAACGGCUUCAAAAUGGGAGCCUUUCUGGGUGCAGGGGCUCAAUUCAAGAUCACCAGCAGGAGUCCUCUUUAGACGGUGAUCUGGUCAGGCUGGACCUGGCACCAAGCCCGUUCUCUGGAAACACAUCUCAGUCCGGAUCAUCACCGCCCUCUGACCCCGUCUCAGACUACCGCACCAAGGUUGAGUUUGCCCUUAAGCUGGGCUAUUCUGAAAACCUAGUGCUGUUAGUGCUUAAGAAACUGGGCCCACAUGCACUCAUCAAUGACAUUCUGGGAGAGCUGGUCAAACUGGGAACCAGGACAGAGAUGGAGCAGCCUAGAGGUCCAACUGCAUCCCAGUCUCCUUCUUCCUCCUUGGCCUGUUCCUCCUCCUCUUCCUCUUCCUCCAACUCUUCCCUGGACUGCUGUCAGCUACUGAGUCCGUCCCCUCUGCUGGACGGCAAAGACAACCUUCGGCCUGUUGUGGUGGAUGGAAGCAACGUAGCUAUGAGUCAUGGGAACAAGGAAGUGUUCUCCUGCCAAGGCAUCCAGCUGGCUGUUGAUUGGUUCUUGGAGCGAGGGCACCGUGACAUCACCGUUUUUGUUCCAGCCUGGAGAAAGGAGCAGUCACGACCUGAUGCUCUAAUCACAGACCAGGAGAUCUUGCGGCGGCUCGAGAAAGAUAAGAUCCUGGUUUUCACCCCAUCUCGACGUGUCCAGGGACGCCGCGUGGUCUGCUAUGAUGACCGAUUCAUCGUCAAACUGGCCUAUGAGUCAGAUGGUAUCAUUGUUUCCAACGACAACUACCGAGACCUGGCCAAUGAGAAGCCAGAGUGGAAGAAAUUUAUUGAUGAGCGUCUGCUGAUGUACUCCUUUGUAAAUGACAAAUUCAUGCCUCCGGAUGACCCACUGGGACGACACGGACCGAGUCUGGAGAAUUUCCUGAGGAAGAGGCCGGUUGCUCCUGAAUCUAAGAAGCAGCCUUGUCCUUAUGGAAAGAAGUGCACAUAUGGCCACAAGUGUAAGUUCUACCAUCCAGAAAGGGGUAGUCAGCCGCAGCAAUCUGUGGCUGAUGAGCUCCGCGCCAGUGCCAAAAUUUCAGCAGUAGCUUCCAGAGGCCUCCUACAGCAUGCCCUGUUGGUGAAGAGCCAAAGUUCUGGUCAAUCAGACGAGAUGCCUGAAGCUGAACCAAGAAAAUGCAAGACACUACCAAACCAGACUCCAUGGAGCUCCCUGCCUACUUCCAUGGAGGACACGUUUCAGAUUCUUCUCAAACCAGAGGAAUGUAACGGAAGCAAAAGCAGCAGUAUCAUUGUAAGACAUCCUGCUCCAGGAGGACACCUGGACAGAUGGGAGCAUCCCAGGGUAGAUAGUGAAGGUGGUGGUGGACUAACUGAAGCUUCUAGAUCAAGUCAGGCUGAAUCUUACCGCAGAUGUUCAUCUCCAGAGGUGAGAUAUAGGUCUCUAGUAAAGACCUAUUCAAGUCUCAGUCUUGUGGUGCCACAGACCCCAGAAUGCAUCCUAUCAGCUGACCUGCAAGCAGGUUCUCUGGCAUCAGAUUGCAGCAGUGAUGGCAGCCUUGGAUCAGACUCUUUCUCUCCUGACUCCACAUUGGAUGACAGCCCUAAAUGUCCCCACCACCAUUCUCACCAUCAACUCUACUACUCAAACAGGUACGGCCACCAAGCAACCCAGUGUUCUCCUGCUCUGGGUCAGCAUUCAUCUUAUGGAUAUUCUGUUAGUCACGGAGUUCAAACAUCACGUGGGUCUGUCAUCAAAGAAAGUCCUCCUUCAGCGUCCUCUCAGGCGUCACCACAUCAUCUUAAGAAUCCCUCAGCCUACAUCCCACCCCAACAUCAGCAUCCAUCCUUCAGACGUUUUCCUGGUGAACUACCAACCCAAACAUCUACUCCCCGCUCUAAUUCUCAGAGUUCCCCCCUCAGCUGCAGCCUAACGGCAUCACCAGAAGGUGAGCUCCAGGACUCCAGAGUGUACAAUGGUUCACCAUUUCAUUCUAAAAGAAACUACUUUGGGCAACCUCAGCAUCAGAUUAACUGGGAGCCUCAUCAUCAGCCUUCUCCUAAGCCGUGCUAUGAUCUGUUUUCCUACAAGAGCUUCCCACCUCUAUAUGGUAAGAGCUGGCACUCUCCCUGGAGCCAGCAAGCUCAUCCAUCGCCCCGUGGCCUUUCAGCAACCCUCCCACAGCAGCCCCUUCCAUCCACCGCAUCCCCUAAGAGUCACCUGCUGUCAGAGCACCAGUCUGAGAAUGCUGCUUUGGGUCGAUACCAGGACUUAAGGGAAAGGCUGUUUGUUAACUUGUGUGGCAUCUUCCCAUCAGAUUUGGUGAGGAAGGUGAUGACUAAGAACCCUCAUGUGAUGGAUGCCCAGGAGCUUGCAGCUGCAAUUCUGAUUGAGAAGUUGCAGCAUCCCUCGUGAUUGCAACUUAUUUUAACCUCCUGAUUUUUGCAAGUAAAUCUCUUGCAAAUAAUGAAAAUCAGGUUUGUCGCACCCAAAACAAAAACACAAGACAUAAUGAUUCUUCACUUUGCGUUGUCUUUUCAUUUAAAGGAAUGUGCUAAUUAUUUCUAAGGGAAAUCUGAACACCCCCAUACUUUUCUGUGAAUCUCCUUUAUUUUGAGCACUUAAAAUGAGGAAAGGGUUUGACUGUGUGUGUUGAGGGUGAAAAUGUUCGUUAGAAACUUUAUUUAUUUGAGACUUUUAAGUUAUUUAUAUAUGUUUAAAAUUAUUUGGGGCACUUUUGUUCAUUGUUGUGUUUUUCCUUUAGUUUUUUUCAAAUGGGGCAAUCAUUUCAGGGUUUAAGGCCUGCCAUCUACAAUUUUGUCACAGCAACUGCAAGAACUUUUUAAAAAAAUAUUUUCUGUCCAUACUUACUUUAACUCAGCACACAGACCAAAUGCUUCAGUGUUGGCUAGCAGGUGCACACGUGUAAUUGGUGUGAUCUUGUGGAUUUUCCCAUGACGGAAGUGAAACUCCCAACAACAGCCACCAAAAAAAAAGUCCACUUCAAAACCUCAAGCUGUUGUUUACCACUGAGGUGGCGGCAACUUCUCCAGGACAGUCCUGUCAGCUGACAUCAUGGUUCAUCUGGUUGUAAUACAGAUUGUUUAUAAAAAUAAUAAAUGAGCUAGCUUACACCAAUUCAAUAAAAUAGGCCAAUAUGCUUAAAGCAACACUUAUAGAGCAUUUACACUCGGAUCAGCUCAGUCUGGGCCGGGUGGAGUAAUUGCAUUUACAUCAGCAUUGUUGGUGUGGAGCUGUUUAUUUAAGCCCUGCAGGUCACUCUCACACCUACCUACUAGUGGGAGCCUCUGACUGGCGCGGGUAGAAUCAGCCAGCGGUGGCUUCCCGCUUGUGCGAUUCAUUAGCAAUCUGUACGCAGUUGGGUUAAUAUCUUCUAUGACUGCAGCUAGCACUGGGCGGAGCUGCAGCGACAGCGCAAGGACUGACCGUCUGCUGUGGACGGGAUGCUUUUGAAUGGGAGAGGAGCCCACGGCAGUACCGCUGCUCAGUGAGAAGGAAGUUGUGUGUUUCAUGUCAAAAUCCCUAAAAGUGACACUGCUCAUGCACCGCUUUUGUUUACUAACUUGUGGCACAGUCUGCACCCACUGCAGCGUUCAUGACGACAGCCUGUCCCCACCUGACCCUGGCAAAGCUGACCAAACAGUAAAUGGGACAUUAAUAUGUUUCCUGCUUCUCCCUCCUACUGGUUGAAAGCAGAAUUACAACUGUCGUAAACAUCCCUGCCAACUAGCCUGUAGUCGGAGCAAACAACGAGCUAACCCUAACACGCCCCACCUGAUGCUAUACAAGUCAUAAAGUAAAAAGAUCCACACUGAUAGACAAAAAAAUAUUAUUACUUACAAGUCCAGUAGCAACAAAGCCAGGUCACCAUCAGUCUGUGAUUUCAUGGCCUCCCUUAGCUUCCUAAAACUAGCGUAGGCCGCGCCAAUGUUCAUUCAAGUUUUAGCUCUUUGCUUCGCCUCCAAAGACAUUACUCUCUUACUUUUACUACAAGGGUUAGAUUUUUGUCUGCCAUGACUAAAACAAAGCAAAAUUGUUCUUCUUGGGUUUUGUAUUGAUGGGCGGCAAACUGAAAAGGCUAAAAAAAAAGCUAACUGCUAGCCUUUAUAUUAGCAACUGGCACAGUAACCAGCAGUUGCUGUAAAGCGGGUAGAGACCUCCCACUUGUGUUCCUACCCAUCCACACAACGGUUAGGUGCAGUUUCUGGUCAAGUUUCGGGCUCAAGAGUCACUGAAACCAGUUUGAAAGCAAUAGCUUAAUGUGUUAAAUACUUGUUAUGGUUUCUUAAAUAGGAUAAGGGAGUGCAAGAAAUCUUAAAAUACGUGUUAAAUAAAUAUUUUAUUAUAUGUAAAGGCAAAUGGUAUAGUAUUCAUCUUCUAAACCUUUCCACAGACCAGAGCUUGAAUGUUAAGUCCUGCACUUCAGCUUUAACUUACACAAAUGUUUCAGAAUUCAACAAAUUUUCCUCGUUUAUGAGCUGUUCUUUUAAAACUUUUGUUUUUACUUUGUUAUUGUAACUCAUUUUGAGCCGGAAUGAAACGUUGAGUGGAAAAAUAAAAACAAUAUUGUGGUUGUUUAUCAGUGUUUGAAGCAGAGGGGUUGUUGUGAUACUAAAACUGCUGCCCGAGUGGUCCAGAAGACAGAUGAAUCCUGUUUUUGUUGAUACAAAUUGUAUCCUAAGAUGUGUUUAAUUUAAACAUAUUUAAAGAAAAAUACUUUGAGCUGAAUGUUUGAAAUUUUGUGGCUAUCUCUAACCAUCAGGCUUUCGUUAAAAAGGGAUUUCAUUGUUUUAUUUAGUAAACAAAUAUUUUUAAUACUGGUUAAAAAGACUGUUCCUGUACAUGAGGGGUUCAUCAUAGAGGUUUUUAAACUUUAAACUCUGAAGGCAUCCCAGCAGAUCUCAGGAUUUAUUAUGAUGCCAAAAUAGAUUUUCAGAAGGUUUGGCAUAAAUCUGUUCUACAGGCUUUAAACGAUUUCCAAUGUAUUUCUUACGAUUUUGAAACCAUGUUUCCAUUUUGAUUUGAAGAUCUUGAGCAUGGAAAAUCUCCUCCCGGGCUGUGAUGGAGAACCAAUGAACAAGUUGCGUUAAAACAUCCAAAACCAGACGUCUCUGGCACUGUGUGCUGGUGUCUGGUACAGGGUUUACACAAUAUAACUGAACAACACACACACACACACACACACACACACACACACACACACACACACACACAAUACAACUGAACAACACACACACAAUACAAUACAACUGAACAGCACACACACACACACACACACGCACACACGUGCACACACACACACACACACACACACACACACACACACACCUGUGGGUGUUGUAUUAACAUUCCUGUGGACAUUAAACAGAAGACUAUUUUUCAACUACUGGGAACAUUUUUUGGAUUUUAUUUUUAUAUUUGUGACUUUUAUCCUAAACCGGAUGUUUUAGUCUAUCAAAGUAAAUAUGAUUAUUGGAUUUAAAUCAUAGCUAAAAGGUCGUGUGAAUAGGGGAAAAAAAUGACGAAUUGGAAAAGAGGCCUCAGGAUGAACAUGAAGCACGUUUCUACAUCCUUUUCUAUUUUUAUCACAACAGUAUUAUUCUGCUUAUGCAGGUGUUAAAUGUUCAUUAGCAAGAUCAUCAAAUAUCUAGAAUCUGUAAAGGUCUCAUUGGUCUCAGUCUCACACUGCUGUUGCAGUAAUGUGGGAAAGUGGUCAGCAUUUGCUCACCUGGUAUCAUCCUGCAUCAGUUGGUCCUGCAACAGAUUAAACUCUGACUGUUUUUAAAUUAAUCUUUUGAAUAACGCAGUUAAGUCCGUUGCUGUUAUCUUGACUGCUAAAGCAUCUAGCUGAUGGCUCAGGAAGACAACUUGGCUGAUGCUACUUGCAGCAAGCUGUGCGGGCUCACUUUUUACACCAAAAUGACCCAAAUCACACCUCCCAUUAUAAAUGUUAGUUUCAUUCUUCCUCAUACUGCCCAUGAUCACCGAGUAGGCACCCUGCAGUAUAUGCAAGUGGCUACAGGCCAGUGGCAACAAUAAAAAGCAUCUGCAAAAUUCAGAAUAGAAAAUAUGAAAAUCUGCUGCAGCAUGUGAGGCGAUGCAGAAGGAAAGCUGCAAUAGCUCGUCUUCCAUUCCGAGUAUUAUACAGUGAAUGUGUGUGAUAAUGAAAUGCACUGGCUCACAACCUCUUUUAUUAGCUUUGAGUUUAGUCUGAUCGUGUCCAUAAUAACAUUAAAAGUAAUAAAUCCUGGUAAAUGUGUGUUUUAUGAAUUCAUCAACUUGAAACACUUGCUGAAUCUUUUCUCCCGACGUCUUGUUAUUCAGUCCUUCAUUUUUAAUGUGCUUUAAUGCACCGUAAAUGUACUGGAGGAACUGGUGAGGACGGCCUGUUUACCAGUGAAAAUGUGUUUAACUGUAUGAGUGUAUUAAGCCAAACCAAAAGGAGGUUUAGUGUUUGACGCUGCUGCUUUUACAGUUUUCUGCUAAAGAAAUGUAGUUUUGAAUAAAAACCUGCGGGGUUGGGUCCCUAAGCCUGCAUUAUCAUGACUGCGGGUAGAUUUCAGCAGCACCCGUUCUAAUAUUUAUAUAAAUGAUGUAACAUGAGGGAUUUAAGUGGGGAAUUUGCUUUAAAAGCAAAAAAUUGGACAGACCCAAUUAGAUGUACACAUCUGGUAAAAUUAUUUUUACUUCAGAAAAUCUUUUGUUUUGUUUUUUAUUAUUACCAAAAGUGAUGCCUCAAGUUCUGGUAAAAGCAGGAAAACAUUAAACAUGACUAGGGGAUGUUGGCAAACGUGACUGUUGUGUGACUCAAGCAUGACCAAUAAACAACUCAAGCUUUCA